AUGGAAGCAUACUACUCGGCCUCGGCAUCACAAGACUACUCAUCGUACGAGUACGAGCUGACAGACAACGCCAUGAUCAACACAAUAUCGAGCUCACUGAUAUCCAGCUCUUCACACAGCGCGUCGCCUCGCACGGCAUCACCACCGGCCUCGCCCGGACACAAGCCGCGACUGCCACCGCUUGCGGUGGCUGUGCCGUACUGGUCGGAUGGGCCGAAUGGGCAGGGGAGCAUCACGUCCGAGGAGUACCAAAACGGGUGCUGCUGCACGCGGUGCUUCAUGCGGUGGCGGGCGGGGCUGUACUACAUGUGGCGAUCGUGGCGACUGUACGUCGUCCCGCUUGCUUUCCUCUAUCCGAUCAUCCUCGAGUACUUUGUGGUGCUUAACGUGUACAACGCAGACUUGCUCAACAACUUUGACAUCAUCGAUGAGUACGAGUAUGCAAUGAUGGACAUUGCCGUCUUUCUCGUCAUGCUCGUCUCCAUGUGGAUCUUGCACGUCGAGCCGGCGUUUCUCGAGUUCCUCGGCGUCGUCGCUGCCUUUGCCGCGCACUACUCUUGGGCCUUCCACUCGCCGUUCACCGAGUGGCGGAUCGGGACCAAGUCCGAGAAUGACAUCCGGCAUCGGACCGAAUACUACGAUACCCACGUUCUCGUCUUUGCCAUCUACCUAUCGCUCUUCCUUCGCCGCUUCCCGCUCCCAUCGCACAUCCUCCGCCCGAGUGAUAUCAUGCGAGACGAGGAGGAGACGCUGCAGGCGUCGUCGAUGGCGCUCGGCUCCAAUUACGUGCUCACCCAGUCACGGUCGCAUGCCCGGGCGGCCGGGAUGUCGUCGCGGCAGCGGGCGGCAGCGCGAGCCCGUGUGGAGCACGACAUGACGGACCGACUGAGGCGGAGGCGGGUUGUGGCGGCUCGAAGCCGCAACGCUGUCGCGGAUGUGCCUGACGCCACCGCGGCCAUGCUCAUCCGCGCUGCGCACCGGCUCGACGGUGGCACCAACGACCACGUCGACGUGGCCCAGUCGAAAGCGCUUGUACUCGCCCGGAUGGGCGUUGGCUCGCUCCCGUCGCCGUUCAUUGCCAUGUACAACACAGCGUUGUACAACACGCUCCUCUCGAGCUACCUGGCGUACAUGGCGCAGGUCAUCAUGGGCGCUGACGUCUCGCUGCUGGAGAUUGCCCUCGCGCGAGUGGCGGCGUCAUAUGCCGACGUCCUCCUCCUUUCGCGCGGCACGUCAUGGAUUGCGGCGACGAAGGCUCCGCAGUCGGCGAAGCUGCAGCGGCAAGCCGAGGCCAAAGCCGAGGCGAGGCGGUCGCAGAUUCGAGAGCAAUCACACGUGCCGCUGCCUGACAAGGAUGCGAUGGUGACACCGUCGCGCAAGAGCGCCGAGUAUCGCAAGGCUGUCGCCGACGGGCCUGGUUUUGACAAAUGGGCGGCGUUUUUCCGUGACGAUGUUCUGGAGCACGCGUUCUUUGACGCGCUGUACACGGCACUGCUCCGCACUGCGCUUGCAGUCUUCCCCACCUCGGCCUACGAGCUGAUCAAGACCGAGACCCGUCGCAUGUUUGCCUUGGACGUGUUCAUGCAGCGGGACUCGGAUCCGUCUGCGCUGCGGCGGGUCGAGCAACGCGACCCGGCACUGGCCCAGGCGCCGCAUCUCCACUCGCCGAUCCUCGAUGCGCUCGUCCCGUCGUCACUGGAGAAGCAGCUGCAAGUCGCGUCGCCGUCGCGCUCGCACAUGGCUGGGAUCGGGUCGCCGUCGGUGGCACGGGCGCGGAGCGCGCAUCACGCCAUUGACGGCCCAGGCGCCGGCGCAGUUCUGGUGGCAAGUAUGUCGUUUGCUGGAGAUGCCUACUCGUCUUGAUGAGAGGGAGGAGGAGGUUCAGACGGGCGAACUGGGGCGAGGCUGCGGAGCGCGGCCAGCUGCGCCAGCAGUGCUUCACCGAUGUAGGCAGGGUCCGAUGGGUCGCGACGCGAGGCUUGGCCCGGCAGCGCCUGACCGAGGCAUGCCACAACGAGCGCCGAGGUCAUGUCGUCGAGGACAACGAUGCACUCGGUGAGUGGGACGCCGAUCACCUUGCAAAGGUCGUCGGCAAGGUCGGGGCGCGGUACGUACCGGCGCAGGACGGCGCGACGGGCGGCGCGCAUGGCGGCUGCGAGCUUG